AUGAACUCAGCAGUAACAUCGAUAAAGUUAGUUCUCUUAGGAGAAGCUGCUGUGGGGAAAUCUUCCAUAGUGUUAAGAUUUGUCUCCAAUGAUUUCUCAGAAAAUAAGGAACCAACGAUAGGUGCUGCAUUUCUAACACAACGUGUUAAUAUCAACGACAAUACAGUGAAAUUCGAAAUUUGGGAUACAGCAGGACAAGAAAGAUUUGCGUCUUUGGCACCUAUGUACUAUAGAAAUGCUCAGGCUGCAUUGAUCGUAUACGACGUUACUAAACCACAGUCUUUCAUUAAGGCCCGUCAUUGGAUUAAAGAAUUACAUGAGCAAGCAAAUAAAGACAUGAUUAUUGCCCUGGUAGGAAAUAAAGUUGAUGUUCUAGAGAAUAAUGAAGAUGAGAGGAAAGUGGCUCGUGAAGAAGGGGAAAAAUUGGCUGAAGAGGAAGGUCUUCUCUUUUUUGAAACGAGUGCGAAGACUGGACUCAAUGUCACUGAAACGUUUGUUGCUAUCGGAGAGAAAAUACCAUUAAAGACGGCUGGAGACCAAGAGACUGAUUCCAACGGUGUGGCAAUUUCUGACGAACAAAGAAUUGAUUUAGCUAAUUCUGGAAAUGCUGCUGGACAAACAGCAGGUUGUAGUUGCUAG